AAUAUGUUCGUCGUGGGAUUGCGGCGAGGUCCCAUCUUCGAGCGAGUUUGCGAGGAAGACGCCACGACGGCGUACGACGAUUUGGUGAAGAUUGCGAUGAAGAAGGAAUCGACUCUGCAGCGGCGGGAAGUAUACGAUGUGCACCGGAUCCAGCACGAGGUUGACAAGAACAAGACUAUUCCUACGAAGUGCUCUGCUUGCGGAAAAGGCAACCACAAUUUUCGUAAGUGCCAGUACAGAAGCUACAUUUGCAAGAUUUGCGAUGAGAAGGGGCAUUUAGCUAGGGUUUGCCCUAACGAAGAAAGCGAUUCGUCAUCGGAAAGGAGUUUCAGCGGCCCAGAGGUGAACAACCUACGUUUGAGCAAAAUGGAUGUCCUGCCACCCGUUCGGUUGGAGAUUGACGUCAAUGGUAAGCUGAUCGAUUUCGAGAUGGACACAGGAAGCCCAAUAAACGCGAUUUCGAAGAGGAUGUUUGAGAAAUUGUUCCCGUAUGCGAAGCUCAUCACAAACGUGCGAGAGGAGUUCGUUUGCUACAACGGUAGCGGCUUUCGAGCGAUAGGUAAGUUCAACGCUCGGAUGCGGUUCAAGAAACACGAUUCCAAGGAGGAAAUUUUCGUAUUCGACGGCGACCAGCACCCAUUGCUGGGUCGACAGACUAUGUUCACCUGGGGACUGAAAAUCGAUUUUGGUGCGUCGUCGGUUGCUGUAGGCCACAGUAAGCCGCUCAGAAAAAACAGCAAGCGUGAGGUUAUUUCUACGGCAGAGUCACGAUGUUUGAAAAAGGCGUCCACGGGAAAUGAGAACUGGAGUAUACCGUUGUCAUCCGUUCAAAGGAGAGGCUCAUCAAACAGGAAUUGUGAGGAGUGCCACAGAACGUUCAAACCAAAUCGCAGAAGGGGAAUGCUGUUGAAGUUCGACGUCCUGAAGACGGAUCGUACCAGACGACAGCGUAGAGUGAAUUCGGAUAGAACUGGAGCGUUCGUAGUAGGUGAUACUGUCUACGCAAGAGAUUACCGUGAUCCGAAGAAGCCUGCUUGGGUUCGAGCAACUGUGGUGAGGAAGCUUGGAGCUGCUCUGUACGAAUGCGAUACCGUGGGUUUAAAACGCAUCAAGCGACGAAGCCAUCAACUGUUGGAGUAUCCCUACGACAAUUUCGAAGAUGAGCACAAUCAAGGGAAUGAUUCAAGUGACAACCAGUUCUACGGGGAGGAUUUCGUCGACGAAGUUGAAGGAUUCGAGCUGCCUCGGUUUAAUCAUCAUCGAUCGGAUUGGACAUACGUGAGCAGAUUGAAUCGAGAAGUGCGCCCACCGCGCUAUCUUGAGGGGGAGUAGUUGUGGUGUAUUGGCACCACUGCCUGCAGCAUGGCACACACCGCGAUUUGACCUGACGACGGUUGCCAUGUAAUACUUCAAUCGCAGCAAUCGCUGGUCAGAAACUGAAAAUGUAAAAGUUAGUUUAUAAGUGACAUUAGAAUAAAACAGAAGUAAAAUUGAAAAUCUCUUUGAUUAUUCAAGACGUCACAUGUACAGUACAGUAACUCAGCAUCAAUCCGUAUUGAGGACGCUUUGUUGACGUUUACAUUC